UCCGAUCUAUUAAGAGAAGAAAGUUUGUGGGAAAGAAAAUGUGGAGGCUUAAGGUCGGGGAAGGUGGGAAUAAUCCCUACAUUUUCAGUACAAACAACUAUUUGGGAAGACAAACGUGGGAGUUCGACCCAAAUGCAGGCACAGCUGAAGAGCGAGCUGAGGUUGAAGAAGCUCGUACCAACUUCUACAACAAUCGUCAUAAUGUUCAGCCUAGUUCUGACCUCCUCUUGCAGUUGCAGUUUAUAAGGGAGAAAAAGAUGAAGCAAACAAUUCCCCAACCAAAGAUAGAGGAUGGCGAGGAAGUGACAUAUGAAGCUACAACAGCAGCACUAAAGAGAACUGUGCACCUAGUGUCAGCUCUGCAAUCAGAACAUGGCCACUGGCCUUCCGAGCAAUCUGGCCCAUUGUAUUUUACCCCUCCUGUGGUAAUGUGUAUGUAUAUCACAGGUCAUCUCAAUACUAUAUUCACUGCAGAGCAUCGCAAAGAAAUUCUCCGUUACAUUUACUGUCAACAGAACAAGGAUGGAGGUUGGGGAUUAUACAUAGGGGGCCAUAGUUCAAUGUUCGGCACGGCCCUCAAUUACAUCUGUAUGCGUUUACUGGGAGUGGAACUCGAUGGUGGCCUCGAUAACGCUUGCGAGAGAGGCCGGAAAUGGAUUCUCGAUCGAGGGGGUGUCACGUCCAUUUCCUCUUGGGGAAAGACUUGGCUUGCAAUAAUGGGUAUUUAUGAAUGGUCUGGCUGCAAUCCAAUGCCACCUGAGUUUUGGCUGCUCCCUUCUUAUUUUCCCGUUCAUCCAGGAAAGAUGCUGUGUUAUUGUCGAUUAGUUUACAUGCCAAUGUCUUAUCUGUAUGGAAGACAAUUUGUGGGUCCAAUCACACCUCUCAUUUCACGGUUAAGAGAAGAACUCCACACUGAACCUUAUGAUGAAAUCAAUUGGAGUAAAAAGCGACAUUUAUGUGCAAAGGAAGAUCUCCACUAUCCUCAUACAUUGCUUCAAACAUUGCUUUGGGAUAGUCUCUACACAUUUGCAGAGCCUCUCCUCAAUCGUUGGCCCCUCAAUAAGUUGAGAGAAAAAGCUCUUAAAUUAACAAUGGAUCACAUUCAUUAUGAAGAUGAAAGCAGCCGCUAUAUUACCAUUGGAUGUGUGGAAAAGAGUUUAUGUAUGCUUGCUUGUUGGGUAGAAGAUCCAAAUGGAAUAUAUUUUAAGAAGCAUCUUGCUAGGAUUUUUGACAUUUUGUGGGUUGCAGAAGAUGGAAUGAAGAUACAGAGCUUUGGUUGUCAAGUUUGGGAUGCUAGUUUCUUUCUCCAAGGUUUGCUCGCCAGCAAUUUAUCUGAAGAAAUUGGACCUACUUUAAUGAAGGGGCACGACUUCCUCAAAAACUCGCAGGUCAGGGAAAACCCUCCGGGAGACUUUAAAAGAAUGUUUAGGCACAUUUCUAAAGGAUCAUGGACAUUUUCUGAUCGAGAUCAUGGAUGGCAAGUCUCUGAUUGUACUGCAGAAGCUUUCAAGUGUUGCCUGUUUCUUUCAAUGAUGAAACCAGAGAUGGUGGGAAAGAAAAUGGAAAAAGAGCAUAUGUUUGAUACCGUCCAUUUGCUUUUAUCUUUACAGAGUAAAAAUGGUGGUUAUCCAGCUUGGGAGCCUGCAGGAGCUAGUUUUUGGUGGGAGUGGUUGAAUCCAAUCGAGUUUCUUGAGGAUGUAAUCGUCGAACAUGAGCAUGUAGAGUGCACAUCAUCUGUAAUGCAAGCACUAGCUCUCGCCACGAAAUUAUACCCAGAACAUAGAACAAAAGAGAUUGACAAUUGCAUCAAAAAAGCUGCAAAGUUCCUUGAAGACGUACAAUACCUUGAUGGUUCUUGGUAUGGAAAUUGGGGACUUUGCUUCUUUUAUGGCACAUUGUUUGCACUAUUAGGCCUUAAGGCUGCAGGUAAGAACUACAAAAAUUGCUUAGCUAUUCGUAAAGCGGUUGAUUUUUUGCUUAAAACACAAAGAGAAGAUGGCGGUUGGGGAGAGAGCUAUCUUUCUAAUUCCAGAAAGGUAUAUGUACCCAUAGAAGGAAAAGACUCGUUCCUGGUAAAUACUGCACAGGCUUUGAUGGGUUUAAUUAUCGGUGGCCAGGCUGAGCGAGAUCCUACACCUCUGCAUCGAGCUGCAAAAUUGCUGAUAAAUUCUCAGCUGCCAAACGGUGGUUUUCCCCAGCAGGGAUUGGGUGGAGCUUUCUUCAAGAAUAAUAUGUCACACUAUGCAUCAUACAGGAAUACUUUCCCAUUGUGGGCUCUUGGGGAGUACCGCAGCCAUGUUUGGCCUUCUAAAUAAAGAUCAUUUGGAAGAUGAUCAAGUAAAAUCUAAGAAGAAUUAGCUGCAUUUUGGAUUUAUAGUAAUGGUAUUCUAUCC